CCCCCCAGCAUCGAGAUCGACCAGAAACUGCAGGAGAUCAUGAAGCAGACAGGCUACCUGACCAUCGGGGGCCAGCGCUACCAGGCGGAGAUCAACGACCUGGAGAACCUUGGCGAGAUGGGCAGCGGUACCUGCGGCCAGGUGUGGAAGAUGCGCUUCCGGAAGACGGGCCACGUCAUCGCUGUCAAGCAAAUGCGGCGCUCGGGGAACAAGGAGGAGAACAAACGCAUCCUCAUGGACCUGGACGUGGUGCUCAAGAGCCACGACUGCCCCUACAUCGUGCAGUGCUUCGGGACCUUCAUCACCAACACGGACGUGUUCAUCGCCAUGGAGCUCAUGGGCACCUGUGCAGAGAAGCUCAAGAAACGCGUCCAGGGGCCCAUCCCUGAGCGCAUCUUGGGCAAGAUGACAGUGGCGAUCGUGAAGGCGCUCUUCUACCUGAAGGAGAAGCACGGCGUGAUCCACCGCGACGUGAAGCCGUCCAACAUCCUGCUGGACGAGCGGGGCCAGAUCAAGCUGUGCGACUUCGGCAUCAGCGGCCGCCUGGUGGACUCCAAGGCCAAGACUCGGAGCGCCGGCUGCGCCGCCUACAUGGCCCCCGAGCGCAUCGACCCCCCGGACCCCACCAAGCCCGACUACGACAUCCGGGCUGACGUCUGGAGCCUGGGCAUCUCACUGGUGGAGCUGGCCACGGGGCAGUUCCCCUACAAAAACUGCAAGACGGACUUUGAGGUCCUCACCAAAGUCCUCCAGGAAGAGCCGCCCCUGCUCCCCGGACACAUGGACUUCUCGGGGGAUUUCCAGUCCUUCGUCAAAGACUGCCUUACUAAAGAUCACCGGAAGAGACCAAAGUACAAUAAACUACUUGAGCACAGCUUCAUCCGACGCUACGAGUGGCUGGAGGUGGACGUGGCGUCGUGGUUCAAGGAAGUCAUGACCAAGACCGAAUCCCCGCGGAGCAGCGGUGUCCUCAGCCACCACCACCUCCCCUUCUUCAGAUAGGGGGACCCCAGCCCAGCCUCCCGCCAGGGGCGGCCUGGGAUCCCGGAUGGACGGACGGACGGAUGGAUGGCCGUCCAGGGCUGAGGACGGACAGACGGCGGGGGAGGGGGGGAAGGGGGUGCGCCGUGGACGGACAGACGGACGGGCCUGUCCCCCCAGCCCCCCCCCCAAAGACACUGUGAAGGCGCCGGAGACAGCAGGCCACGCGCUGACUUGCUAUUUAUUCACCUGUGACCUGGGGCGGGGCGGGGCCUGAGAGCCAAGCACCUGCCCCACAUUACCCCCCCCCCCCCCCCCCCCCGCACGUGCUCCGCGUCUGACCCUCCUCCUGGGCCGCGGUGCAGGGGUCUCUGUCCCCGCCUCGCUGAUCUUGGGGUCGUGGGGCGCCACUGGUGUUUUAUCCGAGGGCGGGGGAGCUGGCUCUCGGCUUGGAGAACUUUUUACCAAAGUCACGUUGACCUGCUUGCGGUGGCCUCCCCCCCUCAAUUGCCGACGUCUGGGAUGGGGCCCCUACAGGCCCCCAACUCCUCGCCCCACUAGGCCUGAGAGAGAGAGAGAAAAACUGCUUCCUCCGGGUCUGGUUGCAGGUUUUCGUGGUGGUUUUUUUUUUUUGGGGGGGUCACAUGGAGUGGCCUCUGGGGGGGUGGGAGGCAGGCUGGAGGGUUGCAGGGGGGAGGUGCGGACGCCCCAGACACAGAGCCUUGGCCAGGGGUGAAACCCCCACCCACCAAAAAAAAAUCCUCCAGCGGGAGUGGGGGGGGGGGGUCCUUUUUCGGUGGGUGAUGCUUGCAAAAAAAAAAUUAUAUAUAUAUAUAUAUAUAUAUGAACAGACAGGAAACAGCAAGCAGAGGAGACCCCUACGCCCCCCCAUAAGACCCCCGUUGACGCCAAAGGCCGCUGCAGGCUCCCUGCUCCCUCCCGCGCGUCUGCUCCCCGAAACCUUGGGGUCUCGGCGCCCCCUCCCUCUAGUCCCUUGAGUGUGUUAAGGGGGGUCCCCCAGUCAGCAGGGUCCCCUCGGAAGAGGCCACGCGGCUGGUCCCAAGGCCGGGUGGACCCCGGCCAUGUUUAUUUAACUUGAUUUUGACUUCUUUUUUUUUCUCUUCUCUCCCCCGCCCCCCCCCUCCCCGUGUGUCCACCUGCCUCUGUGUCCCCGUGUCUCCCCCCCCCCUUCCGGGCCAGACAGGGGCCUGGGCCGCCCGGCCACCACCCCCCUUUCUCAGGCCACCAGGACUUGCCCCCCUUUUUAAAAAACAAAACAAA